AGGCGGGUUAGUUUUUGUCGAAGUUUUCCGACGUUAAAUUGCGGAGAGCUAGGCUGCCUCUUUCGAGCUAGCUUGUGGUUAGCGAGUCAGGCCAGAAUCAGCUGUGCGUCGUGAUGGGCGGCCUUCAAACACGGUCUCACACUAAAUGUACGUGAACAUGUUCAUGGAUAAGUCACCACCUUGGAUGUGAGAGCCGUCCACACCACGAGAGGUCUUGCUAUUUAUCCAUUCAGCCAAGUAGAGUAGGAGCUGCAUCGCUGUCCCACCGCGGGCUGGUGACCCUCACCACCGGCAGGAUGACGUGCCGUGACCGGACCCUCGAGUUCCAGUCAGCCUGUAAAUCUCUCCAGGGCAGACAGAAUGGAGUCCAGCCCAGUAAACCUGCACUUGGUGCCCUCAAGCAGCGCAGUGACUUCACAGUUAUGGCCAAGAGAAUUGGGAAAGACUUGAGCAAUACUUUUGCCAAACUGGAGAAACUUACUAUUUUGGCAAAAAGAAAAUCUCUUUUUGAUGACAAGGCAGUGGAGAUUGAGGAGCUAACAUAUAUCAUUAAACAAGAUAUCAACAGUCUAAACAAACAGAUAGCCCAGCUGCAGGACUUGGUGAGGUCCCGCAGUGCUCCAGGGGGUCGACAUAUCCAAAGCCACUCUAACACCAUAGUGGUGUCAUUACAGUCCAAAUUGGCUUCAAUGUCCAAUGACUUUAAGUCAGUCCUGGAAGUCAGAACAGAGAACCUGAAGCAGCAGCGCAGCAGGAGAGAGCAGUUCUCCCAGCCUCCUGUCUCCUCUUCCCCUCUUAUGGCCAACAACUUCAGGAGCCGCAAAAAAGGGGCCCAGGAGCCGCAUGCAGGUCGCGAGCCGCGCAAUGAGUACCAGGGCUAUACAACCUCAAAUUUGAAAGAGAGCUCAGUCUUGAUGCAGGAUGAGUCCAGGAGUCUGGGUGAGGUGGCCAUUGACAUGGACUCCCAGAGCAACCCCUUGCAGCUCCAGCUUAUUGAUGAGCAGGACUCGUACAUCCAGAGCCGCGCAGACACCAUGCAGAACAUCGAGAGCACCAUCGUGGAACUGGGCUCUAUAUUCCAGCAGCUGGCACACAUGGUGAAGGAGCAAGAGGAGACCAUCCAAAGGAUUGAUGCUAACGUGGAGGACACCCAGCUGAACGUGGAGGCGGCCCACACAGAGAUCCUCAAAUACUUCCAGUCAGUCUCUUCCAACCGCUGGCUGAUGAUCAAGAUCUUCCUCGUCCUCAUCAUCUUCUUCAUCGUUUUUGUCGUCUUCUUCGCCUAAAGCAAAGAGGAAUGGCUGAGCGGAGGGGAAAAAGCACACGGAGUCGGGGGAAGUUAAGUUAAAGCUGGACUGAAUUAAAGCGUCGUCUUAAGAACUGAUUGGAGGACAGGCUUCUCUGUCAAUGACGGUUUGCUGGUGGCUCGGGGUCAACGCAGAUGAAUACAUGUAGAGUUGUCUGUUAUUCCCAAGCCACAAAACUGGACUUUAUUGAUAUCAAUAUGAUGAAGCUGUUCUCUACCAUUAGAGAACGAUGUUGUCAAACUGUCGAAAUGAAAAGGAUAAAUUAUCAGAAAUCCCCACUUUGUAUAGUGUGAGCCAAACACUGCUCUCCAGUGUUAACUUUAGACCAAUUAAUCAUAAACAUUUAAUCAAAAUGGCUAUUAUUUAAUGGUUUGAUUCUGCAAACUGUUUUUUUUUUUUUCUUUUGUGUUUUUGUCCCCUUUUCUCAUGUCACGUUAGUUGUUGCAAAAAAAAGGCCAACAGCAAAACUGGAGUUUGUUCUUAAAUCAAUCCUGUUUCUUUAUUCAUCUUUGUAGUGAAGAGUGGGACUAUCACCUGCCUGUCAACAAAACCUUUCCCAUUGUCGUUCUCAUGACAUGAAAUAUUUUUAAAUUCACUUUUUUGUUAUUGCAUUCAGUGUUUGUUUUUUUUUUCUUUGCCAAACACUUAAGGAACUGUGACACAAUGUGUAGACACUUUCUGUGGUCGAGCCCCUUGUGCUGGUCGUGAAGUCACAGGGCACAAGAGGGCAUUACAGUCAACUGAAGGGGGACUUUCCUGCUAUAACCCAGUCAGAAAUGUCAGUGUGGUUUAGAUCAGAAUGAUCUCUAAGAAUGGUUUAUAAGGUGUGUAACUGCACCGUUACAUGUGUCUGUCCGGCAUGCCUGGUUGCUGGCUGGGCAGUAGUGACCGAUCCAUGUACAGCGGUCCGAGUGUGCAUUUCAAGUCCUUUCAGUUGCGUUGGCGCCUUUGUGGUAAUGAUGCCAUGGGAAUGACUGCAGAUGUGUAAACCCCACCUGUUUUACGCUGCAGAAAGACUCAAGUGAAUGAUGCAAGUAACUGAAAAGGACCUGGGUUUGAGCCGGGUGCUUAUGAAGGGGCUAUACUGGUUCUGAAGGCCCACUAAUGAAGUGACUUGAAUCAGCCCGUUUCCCUGGGAGUGUCUAGUUGGGUGUCACUGCUUUAGGCGCUUCCCUUCUUUAAUAAUCUAUCUAAUGUACAGGAUGUUAUUUAAAUGACCACAGCUUUUUAAGAAAAACAAAAACAUUCUUCCUAUUUUUCCUUGACUUUUUUUUUUAGCCAAAUGCCUUGACUUCAGUGUAUAAAGUGCAAAUAGUGAUGAUGUAUUGACAAGAAAUUGCAUAUUAAUAAAAGAAUAAUAGGGUGCUGGCAUUCA